GGCCUGGGAGGGAGGUUCUACUGCGCAGGCGCAGAGCCCGGGAAGGACAAAGGCUGGGUGCAGCUGCAGCAGAGAAAGAAAGAGAAAACGCAGGAUUGGAAAGGUUUGGGGAUAAAUGUGACCGGCUUCCCCGUGACAACCAGGCCAUGGCCGCUGCCCCUCAAGUCAACUCGGACGCGUUGCGCGAAGUCUUAGAAUGCCCCAUUUGCAUGGAGUGCUUCACCGAGGAGCACCUGAGGCCCAAGCUGUUGCAUUGCGGUCACACCAUCUGCAGGCAAUGCUCUGAGAAGCUCUUGGCCAAUAGCAUCAAUGGGAUCCGGUGCCCGUUCUGUAGCAAAGUCACCCGAAUCACGAGCCUGGCCCAGCUGAAUGACAACCUGACCGUGCUGAAGAUCAUCGACACGGCGGGCCUCGGCGAGACCGUCGGCCUCCUGAUGUGUAAGGCCUGCGGACGCCGGCUGCCCAAGCAUUUCUGCAAAAGCUGUGGCUUGGUUCUCUGCGAACCCUGCAAGGAGGUUGACCACAUGCAACAAGGGCAUGGGGUGGUGGCCAUCAAAGAGGCGGCAGAUGAACGGAGGAGGGAGUUUGGGACCAAGCUCGGUCGCCUACGGGAACUUAUGGGGGACCUUCAGAAACGGAAGACCUGUCUGGAAGGGGUUUCCAAGGACCUCCAAGCGAGGUACAAAAACGUCCUCCAGGAGUACAGCAAAGAAGAGAGGAAGGUCCAAGAAGAGCUGGCCCGGUCCCGCAAGUUCUUCACCAGCUCCCUCUCGGAGGUGGAGAAGGUCAACAGCCAGAUCAUGGAGGAGCAAGCUUACCUUCUGAACAUCGCUGAGGUGCAGAUUGUGUCACGGUGCGACUACUUCCUGGCCAAAAUCAAACAGGGGGACAUUGCUCUCCUCGAGGAAGAAGGGGAGGAGGAGGAGCCUGAAUUGAUGAACAGCCUCCCAAAAGAGCUGACCCUCCAAGAGGUGGAGCUGCUUAAAGUGGGCCAUGUUGGACCGCUUCAGAUCGGACAAGUGGUUAAGAAGCCACGGAGCAUUAAUGUAGAGGAAUCCCUGAUGGAGACACCAGUGGUGGCCUCGGUGUCCUUUAGGGAGGCAGAUAUGACUCAGGAAGUCUCCACCUCUCUGCCCAGCUGCCCUUCACCAGCCAAGCCAAGGAUGCCAGAAGCCACCACCAGCAUCCAACAGUGCAACUUUCUCAAAAAGAUGGGUUCCAAAGGCAAUACACCAGGGACUUUCAACCUGCCUGUCAGUCUUCACGUCACUCCGCAAGGCGAGGUCCUUGUGGCUGACCGUGGCAACUUCCGUAUCCAAGUCUUCACCCGCAAGGGCUUCCUGAAGGAGAUCCGCCGGAGCCCCAGCGGCAUUGACAGCUUUGUGCUCAGCUUCUUGGGUGCAGAUCUGCCCAACUUGACUCCCUUGUCAGUUACCAUGAACUGUCAUGGCCUGAUUGGCGUGACCGACAGCUACGACAAUUCGGUGAAAGUGUACACCAUCGACGGGCACUGCGUGGCGUGCCACCGGAGCCAACUGAGCAAGCCUUGGGGCAUCACUGCUCUCCCAUCCGGACAGUUUGUCGUGACGGAUGUGGAAGGAGGGAAGCUGUGGUGCUUCACCGUCGACCGUGGAGUCGGGGUGGUAAAGUACAGCUGCUUGUGCAGCGCCGUGCGUCCAAAGUUCGUCACCUGUGAUGCAGAAGGGACGAUUUACUUCACCCAAGGGUUGGGCCUGAAUCUUGAAAACCGUCAGCACGAGCAUCACUUGGAAGGCGGCUUUUCGAUCGGCUCCGUUGGCCCAGACGGGCAACUCGGUCGACAAAUCAGCCACUUCUUCUCCGAGAAUGAGGACUUCCGAUGCAUCGCGGGGAUGUGCGUCGAUUCCCGGGGGGACUUGAUUGUGGCCGACAGCAGCCGGAAAGAGAUCCUGCAUUUCCCCAAAGGGGGAGGCUAUAAUAUCUUAAUCCGAGAAGGACUCACGUGCCCCGUCGGCAUCGCCGUCACACCCAAGGGACAGCUCUUGGUCUUGGACUGUUGGGAUCACUGCAUUAAGAUCUACAGUUACCACUUGAGGAGGUACUCCACCCCUUAAAUGGGGGGUAAAUCCAAAAAGACGUGCCUCUGUCUCAGGAGGGGCUAGAUCAUACUGGUGCCAUAGUUAUUAAGCAGAUUGUGCCACAAUCAUUUGUGUGCAGUGAAAUGAAAUAUAGGCCUUUUCUGUACAUGUUCGUGUGUGUGUGAGAGGAAUAGUAUUCCUAAGUGGGAA